AAGAAAUUAGUAUUAAUAUUUUAUCAAAUUUUACAAUUAUAUUGUUAUUAUUCUUUCAUACAUUACAUAUGUAUGUACAUAGCUUUUAAUAUGUAAACAUUUAUGUAGGAAAUUAACCUACUAGUAACAUUGAUAAUCGGUAAACUGAAAGAGUAAUGCUCUCGAAUUGUUAGAAGCGGUCUAUUGCAUUUCGCCAUCAAAUACUAACUGGUAUAGUGUGUUAAUACUAGUUCAGAAAUAAGAAUUUUAUUGUUAUUUCUAUUUGUAAAAAAAUAACAGCAAAAUGUCUUCUUUAACUAAACCGAAGUCUGAAAUGACUCCUGAAGAACUAGCAAAACGAGAGGAAGAAGAAUUUAACACUGGACCACUUUCUGUAUUGACUCAGUCGGUCAAAAACAAUACCCAAGUAUUAAUCAAUUGCAGAAACAACAAAAAAUUGUUGGGAAGAGUAAAAGCAUUUGAUAGACACUGCAAUAUGGUAUUAGAAAAUGUGAAAGAGAUGUGGACCGAACUUCCACGUACAGGGAAAGGAAAAAAGAAGGCGAAACCAGUGAAUAAAGAUAGAUUCAUUACAAAGAUGUUCUUACGAGGAGAUUCUGUUAUUCUGGUUCUAAGAAAUCCAUUGGCUACUGCAUCAGGAAAAUAAUUUUCAAAUAAAUUUACUACUUUAUAAUUUAUGAUACUUAAAAUAAACU